GACGAAGUUACGACAACGCGCGCACCGUGAUCCCCACCCGUUCCCUUCCUCGAGGCAUAUUCCUACGCGAACCAUCAAUAUGCCCGGUCCUCAGACUACCCUGCUCAUCGAGGGCACCUUCGAAGAGCUUGCCGACGAGCUCGCACAAUACAUCGACAGCCUCAAAAAAUCCCAGGGAGAUGAAAGCUCGGCGAUCCAGGCCGAGACUGUGGAGCUUUUGAAGGAGAACAAAAAGGAUGAGGUCCUCAAGAAGCUUGUCAUGGGCAGCCAGGUCCUGAACCAGGCACCAGAGAAGGAGUUCAUAGCAGCAUACAACCUCCUGAUCCACCUCGUCCGACAGUCGCCGAACGUUCCCAUGUUCCUUCCCAAGAUUUGCGCUCACCUCAGCGCUCCGAUUUCCUCUUCGCCCGCUAACGGUGGUGGACUCGCUCUGUCGGUACUCAGCACCGUCUUUAACACCCUCCCCUCAGACCACUCUGAGCUCCGAUUCCACGUUCUCCUUGCCAUCCUGCGGGUCAUCCGGGCGACUUCGAACUUCGAAACUCUGCGCCCACAACUUAAGCAGUUGGACAAGUGGCUCGAAGACUGGGAGACGGAGGAGGCAGACGACCGCAAAUUGUACCUGGCAGUGAGCGACGUUGCCGCCGAUGCUGGCGAGGACGAGCAGGCAUACACAUACCUCCUUCGCGCUCUCCGGACAUUCAGCGCGGACCAGGUCUCCUCCCAGGAAGCCCGCGAUCUCUCUAUUCGUGCCCUCAAGUCCGCCCUCAUUCACCCCAGCCACUUCGACUUCCAAGACCUUACCGGCCUUGACUCUGUGCAGGCGCUCCGCAACUCCGACCCGAUAUACUUCCAACUCCUCGAGAUCUUCAACUCCGAGUUGCUGGACGACUUUAAUGACUUCAAGGAUGAGCACGAUGGUUGGAUUGAUGAGGUUGGCCUCGACGGCGCUGCUCUCAACCGCAAGAUGCGACUCCUCACUCUUGCUUCAAUAGCCGCAUCAGCGGCGCAGACCCGCGAGCUGCCAUACGCACAUAUCGCCAAGUCACUGCAGAUCCCAUCUGAGGACGUCGAGAUGUGGGUCAUCGAUGUGAUCCGUGCUGGCCUCGUCGAGGGUAAGCUCAGCCAGCUCAAGCAGACGUUCCUCAUCCACCGAUCGACGUACCGCGUAUUCGGAGAGAAGCAAUGGCGGGAAGUCUCAUCGAGACUGGACAUGUGGCGGAGCGGUCUGGAGGCCGUCCUCCAGGUCGUUCAGCAAGAGAAGGCGAGAUUCGCACAGGAGAAGGAAGAUGAGCAGAACAGGAUUGAGCAGAAGCUGGCGCAGGUGAACAGGGGCGGCGCACGCGGCGGCAACAACAACCGACAGCAGAAGCCUAUGAUUGAUGACGAGAUGGACUAAAUGACCGGGGCAUCGGGGUGUUGCUGGCUUGCUUGUUUGCUUUUUUCGUCAAAACGGUAGGGUUGGAAGCGAAUGCAUCAGAGGCUUUCUUGGUAAUGGCCGGAAUCGCAGCCUGAGUGCUGCAAUGAUAGAAAUGCAAUAUACACUUCAAAC